AUGCAUAAGCAAAAAUAGACUAAAUAGUGCUCAUAAUGUGGUGGGUUAGAUCCGUAAUUCAAUUUAGGAAAAUGCGGACAUUACUUUUGUCAAAAUUGCCUAUUAGCUUUUAAAAGAGACAUAGCAAAUUCUAAAAAAUCCUAAUUCUCUCUCAAAUGUCCUUUGGAAACAUGCAAAUAAGAGGUGGAUUUAAAGAAGCUGUUGAAUUAUUUGAGUUUGCCUAACCCAUGCAAGAAAUGCAACAAAGAAUAAUAAUACACAUGCAGCUAAUGCGUUGUAAAAGAAAUUGAAGAAAUUGCAAAAAUAAACUAUUAUUCAAAAUUAUUAAAAUUAGAUCAAUUGAUAGAAUUGGAAUCUUAGAAAGAACUUUGUGAAGACUUAUAGAAACAUGAAUUGAUAUGUCCAGGUUGUAAGGAGUUCAAUUAAAUCCCAGUAAUUGUGUGUUUAUAAGGACAUGAAAUUUGCAAAGAUUGUUACUAUAACAUCAGAAACAACGAGACAUUCAGAUAAGUAUGUCCACUUUGUGGCCUAUAAUUGUUAUAAAAACCACCAAAUAGUCUAAGAGCGUAAACUCUUAUCUAGAAUUUAGUUAUUAAAUGUCCCAAGGAGAAUUGCAAAUAAUAAAUCAAGUAUACUGAAUUUGUUUAGAAUCAUUAUAGGAAAUGUUGUGAAGAAAAGUAGGAAUGUCCUGGCUGUCAUGAACAAGUGGAGCAAUUGUUUCUGGAGAUACAUCAAUCUAAUUAUUGCAAGGGAAGUGCAUGUCCAUUGAAUUGCAAUAGAAAACUUGGAGAUCAUCAAAACAAUUUCAUCAUAGAACACUUACUAAACACAAUGAGAUCCAGCGGAGUGUCGCAUUCAUUUUUACACAGAAUUUAGGUGGUUGAAAAAUUCCUAUUUUAUGGAUUUUUUGGAGUUUGCCCCGAUUGUGAAGCUUCUUUUGCCUGGUAAGUUGAUAUCAGAGGAGUAUAAUCCACAUUUUGCUUUUAAUGCUUUACAUUCACAGGAUGA